UUGCAGAGUCCUAAGAACAAUCCUCCAAUUCAGCUUCUCCAUGUCAGUUCUACGAGUUGUCCUCCGGUGAAGGAAAAGGAUGUUAACACCAGCUCCACUCUCGAAUCCAAAUACGACCUAGUGGUAAUGGUCAAGUCCGCAGUUUACAACUUCCAGGACCGUCAAACAUUCCGCAGUCUGUACGCCCGAAUCAACGACCUCAGUGAACACAGCGCAUAUCCUCUCCGAAUAGGCAUCGUCUUUCUCGUUGGUCUGCCCAGACGAUCUGGCAAUGCGACAUUCGAGCGUGACGGAUUUAACGUGACUCUCGCCAAUCGAGCAGGAAGGUCCCUCAAAUACAUCGAACACUUACAUCCUCUCAUUCACCGACAUGUGAAGGAAGAGAUAUUGCAGUAUGAGUAUCUCCUGGUAGUAUAA